AUGUCCGCCGCCACAACCCGCGCCCAGAGCUUGAUCAACGACAAUGCAGUCAUCGUCUUCUCCAAGUCUUACUGCCCUUACUGUAUCUCCUCCAAGAAGCUGCUCAAGGAUCUGAACGCCAAGUACACCGCUAUCGAGCUCGACCACGAAGAUGAUGGAAAGGCCAUCCAGAACGCCCUGGCUGAGAUCUCCGGCCAGAGCACCGUGCCCAACAUCUUCAUCAACAAGAAGCACAUCGGUGGCAACUCCGAUCUGCAGGCCAAGUCUGACCUCAAGGAGCUCCUCGAGGCCGCCGGUGCCCUCUAA